GAAAGAAAAGAUCAAUGGGCUUGGCAUUGCAAGAGCAGGAGAGGGGAGCAGAGAUCUAGAGAAACAUCAAGGGAGGAGAGAAAUGAGGAAAAAAGCAGAUGUAGGCUGGGGUGGGGGUGAGAUGGAGAGAUGCAGUGAAAGAAGUAGCUAGAGGAAAUGAGACAGAGGCGCAGUAGAGGUCUGUGCAUCACAACUUGCAGAGUUCCUCCUACUUUCUUUCCCCUUGGCACUGGAGACAAGUGGGGCAAGGCCAGGGGGCUUCCCCAUGUUGGCCAGUCAUUGCUACUGGAUGGUGAAGAAGACCUGAAGGCACCCAGGCAGUGCCCUGCCCAUCUCUUCCUUACCAAGCCCUUUUUCUCUGAUGGGGAGAUGCCAGAUAGCUGGAACGCAUCUACAGACAGCCUGGAAGCACGAACUGCGGGCAUCAUUGUACCAGUGGUCUUCUCCCUCAUCUUCCUUGUGGGCACCGUGGGGAAUGGCCUGGUGCUUGCUGUGCUGCUACGCAAUGGGCAGGUGAAAUAUAACACCACGAACCUCUUCAUCCUCAAUCUGGCUGUGGCAGAUCUCUGCUUCAUCCUCUUCUGUGUCCCUUUCCAGGCCACCAUCUACACCUUGGAUGGAUGGCUCUUUGGUGCCUUUGCCUGCAAGGCUGUGCACUUCUUCAUCUACCUCACUAUGUAUGCCAGCAGCUUUACCUUGGCAGCUGUUUCUGUGGACAGGUAUUUGGCUAUUCGAUAUCCACUGAAAUCCCGGGAUCUCCGUACCUCUCGCAAUGCAGCUCUCGCCAUUUUCAUGAUUUGGACAUUGUCACUGCUUUUUGCAGGGCCAUAUCUCAGCUACUACCAAAUAGUUCACUAUCAAAAGAUGCCCAUCUGUGUCCCUAUUUGGGAGGAUCAGCGCCGCAAGAUUUUGGACAUCCUCACCUUUGUAUUUGGCUAUGUGCUCCCUGUCUUUGUGGUCAGUCUGGCUUAUGCUAGGACCAUUAAAUUCCUGUGGACUGCUGUGGACCCCAUUGAAAGGAUCUCUGAAUCUCGUAAAGCCAAGCGCAGGGUCACCAAGAUGAUUAUUGCUGUGGCUGUCCUCUUCUGCCUCUGCUGGCUGCCUCACCACCUGGUGAUCUUGUGCUUCUGGUUUGGCUAUUUCCCCUUCAACCGGGCCACCUAUGCCUGCCGCUUGGCUUCUCAUUGCCUGUCCUAUGCCAAUUCCUGCCUCAACCCAAUCGUCUAUGCUCUUAUCUCUAAGCACUUUCGCAAGAGGUUCAAGCAGGUCUUUACUUGCCUUCUUGUCCAAGACAAAGAACGAGGUGGAAACAAGGUCCAUGUGGCCAACGUCACCAAGUUUAGUCACACUGCGGCAGGCUUCUGUGGAGGGAACACUGAAGUAACACGCUGCAGGAGAAACAUCAGAUGCUAUCAAGGUCUGUUGUUAAGAGAAGCUGAAGUGGUUCUUCCUGACAUGGCCCAUCAGUUACAAGACACUGCAUCUGAACAGAAGGGCCUAAUGGAUGAAGAAGGUUCUGGAACACCUGAUAACAACCCACAGGUGGAUACACCACCACACGGAGAACUGUAACCUUCUAAAUUCUAUGACAGAUUAUAUAAAUAAGACAGCCCUGUUGAGCAUCACCAAUAUUCCCUGAGCUGCUCCUACCAAUUAAUCAGAAUAAGGCAAAUGUCUCAGGCAGCAGAUUCAUGGAGG